UUAGAGAAAUCUGGUGAAGCAGCGUGUUGUAUUUAGGCCAUAUUUCACUAUUUUAAAAACGAUGGCAGAGACGUGUUCUGUUUUUGGUUGCAAAGCUACAAAAUCAGGAAAUGUGAGCCUUCAUGUAUUACCAAAGGAUUUGAAAAUUAGAGAGAAAUGGGUGCAGUUUAUUUGGAAGAAUCGGACUGUCCCAACCAAACUGCCAGAUAGAACUCGGGUUUGCAGUAGCCAUUUUCCAGGGCAGUGUUUUGAAAAUUUUACUCAAAAACAAAUGGGUUUUGCCUCAAAAUUUCUAUUGAAACCUGAAGCUGUUCCAUCCAUUUAUCCCGGGAAUACGAGCCAAUAUGUUGCUCAAUUGGUUACAUUACAGCAGCCAUCCACUGUAAAACAUGUAGGCUGCCAAACAGACCUCCCCAGAAGGGCAUCCGUUGGAACACAGCUGUCCACUGGGACACUGAAGCGACCCGUGAGAAGCUCAGGGGUUUUGGCUGUUCCUCGGACCAAAGAAGCCGGAGUCGGCACAGACAGGCUAGUAAGCCGUCUCUUUAGGGAGCUGACGUCAGCCCCUGUUAAACCAGCGGUGCCGCCACCAGCAGUUGUCCGUGAUGAAACCGGGCCUGCGCUUCCUCAGAUGGUGAUCGUUCCAGCCGUAACCUGGCUGAGCCAAGACGAGCAGCCGUCCGUGGAGAUAGAGGUGGAGUUAACCACAAGCAUAACAAGCAGGCCAUCAGCAUCUUCCCAACAUAACUCUCAGUGGACCAGCCAAGCUCCGCAGAACAAGCCAUCUGUAUCUGAUCAAGAAAAAAAAACACGGAGCAAUUAUGGGAAGCUGAGUAAAGAGCUUGUGCGUCAGUUGAUGUUCCAUUGUUGGGAAUGCUCCAGUGAGUGCUGUGUUCAAAGCAAAGGCAAAGGAGAUGGUUUCUCUCUCAGGCAAGAAUGUCUGCUUUGCUCUAGCUACAGAGUCUGGACCUCUCAACCAGCUGACAUACUAAGGGAGAAGGAGGCUGAGGUGAUGUCAUCUGAAGAUGAGGCAAAUGCUGAGGAGGAUGAAGACGCUGAUGCCCUGACCGAUGUGGAAGAAGAUGGAGAACCCGAUACAGACGAUUCAGACUACUUGCCCAGUUCCAAUAGUUCAGAGAGUUCUGAGGAGUAUGAAUUCAAUGAGGAGGGGUCCACCUUUCAUAAACCCUUUCAGACCACCUUUAGACCCCUCAUUUGGUGUUUGCACUGUCAGGCCCUUGCUGGGAUUCUCUGUACUACUAAGCGGCACCAAAAGAUCUAUGGAUGUCCGCAGUGUGUUUCUGGGGAUACAGCUGACACACUCUGUUUGGAGAACUUUGCUGUUCGUUUCAACUACAGAGUUGACUUUCACAAGCAUGCCAUUACUGAACACGGUGCUUCAGAACAGGCACCUGAGCACAGGACUUGUGAAGACUGUGGCAAGUCAAACAGGGUGGAAGAUGAACACCACGUGUGUGAAUGCAAGAUAAAACCUUUCUCCUGCAAGUUGUGCCCCAAACGUUUCCUCACCCAGAUUGGCCAUAAGGUGCAUUACCGUAGGCUCCAUGGGGACUAUAUGCACAUAUGUAAGUUCUGCCUGAUGGACUUUGAGAUGAAGCAGACCAAGAUCCAGCACGAGAGGGUCCAUAACAAGCGAGGUUCACCAUACAGCUGUCCCAGCUGCCAGAAGAGAUUCAAAAAGUUCCACGAGCGAAACGCUCACCUUAAAAGCCACGGCGAGCAGAAAGUUUACCUCUGCAGCACCUGUGGCAUGAGCUUCAAGAGGAUAUCGAAAUACGAGCGGCAUGUGCGCACUCACACGGGAGAGAAGCCCUACAUCUGCCAGGAGUGUGAACGUUCCUUCGCCCAGGCCAGCCACCUGAAGUCCCACAUACGUAUCCACACGGGGGAGAAGCCCUUCAUGUGUGAGCAGUGUGGGGAGUGUUUCAACCACAACGUCAGCCUGAAGAAUCACCUGCUUCGCCAGCACGGCAUCGACCCUGCAUGUGAGCCCACGGAGGAGGGCAGACGGAUUGGGAGACCCUUCAGUGAUUUUCCUCUGAAGAAAAAAAUUAAGGAAUGUAAUAAAAGGAGUAAGAGGCAGCGUUCCGCUCCUCAUGAUGAGGAAGAAGCUUCAGGUUUUCCAGAAUCAUACUAUCAGGAGAAGAGCGAUGACUCUGACAGAGAGGAGUGGACUGAGCAAAGCAGAAGUCAGAAGAGGAGAGCUACAAGGAGGAACAGCCAGAGAAAAAGGGGUAAGAAGAGUCAUGUGGAAGAUGAAACAUGACCUGUGUCCAGGUUGUUGCCAUGUAAAGCCUGAGAGCAAGCUAGCAUCAGUACUGGAGACAAUCAUGUUGUGAUUGGAAGUGGCUGUGUAGAGGUUGUGGUGGAACAACUGAGGUUGUUUAAUUCAUGUCCCACAGUGAACCAAUUUUACAGCAUAAAUUCAACAGUGAGUGGUUGCAAAGGGGUCCUGAAUUGAUUGUAAAACAUUAACCUUCACUGAUAUGUAUACUAUAUGUACACAAAUACAGCUAACACAUGCUCUGUUACGAUUGCUAAGAAACCAAAAGAAAUGUUCCACAUUCCAGUACAUCAAUCAGUUUAUUUCCGACUGUCAAGAUGUGUAGCUUACAAUUUACAAUUCUAUAAAAGAAAAUAACAUACUAGUUUGCUAAUAAAGUGUAUGCAAAACUGUU